UCUUUGGACCUUCACAGAGCCUCACGAUCCCAUCAUUCCUUACACAAAAUGGCGUCCAGCGUGGGUUAAAUUUUGCCAAAGAAAUCAUUUUUGGAGUUUUACCAGUUUCUGUCGCUCAGUACAGGUUUUAUCUGGAUCCUGGUGUGUUGAGAAGACAGUCAAGAUGGGGAGGAGGUCGAUCAACACCACCAAGAGUGGGAAAUACAUGAAUCCCACCGACCAAGCCAGAAAAAUGGCCCGAAAGAGGGAACUGAAGAAAAACAAGAAGCAACGGAUGAUGGUGAGACAUGCAGUCCUGAAGUCCAAAGACCCAAAACAGAUUCUGGUUGACAUGGAAAAGCUGGACCAGAUGGAGUUUGACUCAGCCCAGCCCAUCCGUCUGAAUGAGAAGGUUCUGAGAGACAAGAGGAAGAAACUGAGGGAGACGUUUGACCGGGUUCUAAAGCUUUAUGAAAAAGAGGACCCUACUCUGUGUGAUGAAAUGAAGAGAAUGAUGGUGGAAUAUGAGAGGAGAAGACAACAAGCGAUCACAUACUUCGAGUCAGUGAAACAUGCCCAGCAGGUUACAGUGGAGGAUAUCCCACUCCCGGAACAGCCAGACCUGCCACAAAACGUAUCGAUGAUUCCCCUGCCAAGUGACAUUCCUUUGCCUGGAGCACAGCCACACUCCAUCCUCAAGAAGACUAGUGCCUAUGGAUAUGACCGACCACCCCCUGUCCUCCUCCAGCUUCAAUCCUAG